GCGCUCUCCCGCGCCGCGGCGCUCGGUGAUGAGGCGGCGGUGGCGAGGUCGCUGGAAGAGGGCGCGCUUCCUGACAUGCCCGACGGCUCCGGCUACGCGCCGCUCGCCCGCGCGGUGCACGGCGGCCACUUUAACGCCGCGCGCGCACUCCUCAAAGCCGGCGCGUGGGUGCACCUCACGUCGGGCGACGGCGCGAGCCCGCUCGAGAUUGCGGCGAGGGCGGGCGACACGCGGCUGGUGCAGCUCCUCCUCAACGCGAGCGCC